GGGGAUGCCACACUGCAGAGGGCAGUGUUGGAUGACGUGCCGCCGGGAAGGCUUCAUCGCUGUGUGGUUGCUGCGAGGAAGACAGUUUUUAGCGGAAGGCUUCAGUGCAGGGUUGAGGCUCUCUCUCUGCGGUACACGGGGAGGCUGCAGUGCGGAAUCUUUACACCGGUGUAGCUCUAUCUUGUUGCUUAAAGGCAGGAGAAGGUUCUAAAAAGGCGACAAUGGAGAGCGGUCGGCUAUGGGGGAAAUCUUACGAGGAGCUCCUCCAAUCCGACAGCGGGCCCGACGGUGGUGGACAGCUGUCAUCCGGCAUGCAUGGUGUGCAGCCAUCGUGGGGAUAUUCUGAUGGCACGACAAGCAGGGACGGCGAUCUGUUCACCCCGCCAGCCUCUGAGCUGCCCACGCAGCAGCUUUCAACACCAUCACUGUGCGACAUCACCAGCGCUUGUAACACUAUGAUGGGAGGUCAUACUCCUUUGACUCCUCGGGCUCUGUUGGGGGAGGGGACGCAUGUGGGGGCGGAUGCAGUGUUCACCUCUGCGGCACAAUACAUGACGCCGAACAUGCCUGCUGGUUUUCAGAACGCCCACUCUCGUGGGCCGCUGCCGUCACCAGGUGGAUCAUCGUCCUCACCAGGUGGACCAUCACCUUCGCGUGGUGGGCCAGCACAUCCGGCUGGUGGGCUUCCUCAGCAUCGAGGAGGGAGGACGUCAGGGAACUUCGGGCAAGAAGCAGGAAUUGACGAGCGGCAAUACGGUACGGAAGAAGGAGAGGAAGGAGAUGAUGAUGAAGCUUCUGAGCCUUCUAAUGGAGGAAGGAAGAAAGGGAGGGGUAGUGGCUGGGAUCGCAGCCUCGUCAUUGCUCUUAUAGAGGCUAAGAGGCUGGAGGCGAUUGACCCAGAAGCACGCAAAUUCGACGGUGGGCCUUUGAAGUGGGAGGUGGUCGCCCGAGCAGUAAAGAGGAUCAGCGGAAGAGCAACUGACAAGAAUGCUGCUUUGUGCAAGAAGAAGUGGAAUGAGCUGACGUCGAAGUAAAGGCAGAUCUUGGAUUGGAACCUUCGGUCGGGGAAGCCGAAGUACUGGGAGAUGACGCCUGCAGAACGGAAAAAUGCGAAGCACGCGGAAGGAAGAACGAAGGACAUUCUGCCGUCGCAUUUUGACAGGGAGCACUGGGACAUGAUGCACACCUUCCUUGGAAUCAACAAUUCGAACACCG